AUGGCAAGCUCAUCUCUGCCCACCCUGGUGCCUCUGGGCCCUGAGUGCCUGCGCCCUUUCACCCGGGAGUCCCUGGCGGCCAUAGAGCGGCGGGCGCUGGAGGAAGAGGCCCGGCAGCAGCGGAACAAGCAGAUGGAGAUCGAGGAGCCUGAAAGAAAGCCACGCAGCGACCUGGAGGCUGGCAAGAACCUGCCCCUCAUCUACGGGGACCCCCCACCCGAGGUCAUCGGCAUCCCCCUGGAGGACCUGGACCCCUACUACAGUGACAAGAAGACCUUCAUCGUCCUUAACAAGGGCAAGGCCAUCUUCCGCUUCUCCGCGACGCCCGCCCUCUACAUGCUGAGCCCCUUCAGUGUCGUCAGACGUGGCGCCAUCAAAGUGCUCAUUCACUCGCUGUUCAGCAUGUUCAUCAUGAUCACCAUCCUGACCAACUGCGUGUUCAUGACCAUGAGCAACCCACCUUCCUGGUCCAAGCACGUGGAGUACACGUUCACGGGGAUCUAUACCUUUGAGUCCCUCAUCAAGAUGCUGGCCCGGGGCUUCUGCAUUGACGACUUCACAUUCCUCCGGGACCCCUGGAACUGGCUGGACUUCAGCGUCAUCACCAUGGCGUACCUGACGGAGUUUGUGGACUUGGGCAACAUCUCAGCCCUGAGAACCUUCCGGGUGCUGCGGGCCCUGAAAACCAUCACAGUCAUCCCAGGGCUGAAGACGAUUGUGGGGGCCCUGAUCCAGUCGGUGAAAAAGCUGUCCGAUGUGAUGAUCCUCACCGUCUUCUGCCUGAGCGUCUUUGCUCUGGUGGGGCUGCAGCUCUUCAUGGGAAACCUACGGCAGAAGUGCGUGCGCUGGCCCCCGCCCUUCAAUGACACGAACACCACGUGGUACGGCAAUGACACGUGGUACGGCAAUGACGCUUGGUACGGCAAUGACACGUGGUAUGGCAACGACACGUGGAACACCCAUGAAAGCUGGGCCAGCAACUCGACCUUUGACUGGGAUGCCUACAUCAGUGACAAAAGGAACUACUAUUUCCUGGAGGGUGCCAAUGACGCCCUGCUCUGUGGGAACAGCAGCGAUGCCGGGCACUGCCCCGAGGGUUAUGAGUGUAUCAAGGCUGGGCGGAACCCCAACUACGGCUACACCAGCUACGACACGUUCAGCUGGGCCUUCCUGGCUCUCUUCCGCCUCAUGACCCAGGACUAUUGGGAGAAUCUCUUCCAGCUGACCCUUCGAGCAGCUGGCAAGACCUACAUGAUCUUCUUUGUGGUCAUCAUUUUCUUGGGCUCCUUCUACCUCAUUAACCUGAUCCUGGCGGUGGUGGCCAUGGCGUAUGCAGAGCAGAAUGAGGCCACCCUGGCCGAGGAUCAGGAGAAAGAAGAAGAGUUUCAGCAGAUGUUGGAGAAAUUCAAAAAGCAGCAGGAGGAGCUGGAGAAGGCCAAGGCUGCCCAGGCUCUGGAAGGCGGGGAGGCCGAUGGGGACCCAGCCCACAGCAAAGACUGCAAUGGCAGCCUAGACACCUCGCUUGGGGAGAAGGGCCCCCCACGGCAGAGCUGCAGUGCAGACAGUGGUAUCUCAGACGCUAUGGAAGAGCUGGAAGAGGCCCACCAGAAGUGCCCCCCAUGGUGGUACAAGUGUGCCCACAAAGUCCUCAUAUGGAACUGCUGCACCCCAUGGGUGAAGUUCAAGAACAUCAUCCAUCUGAUUGUCAUGGACCCCUUCGUGGACCUGGGCAUCACCAUCUGCAUUGUGCUCAACACCCUCUUCAUGGCCAUGGAGCAUUACCCCAUGACAGAGCACUUCGACAAUGUGCUCACCGUGGGCAACCUGGUCUUCACCGGCAUCUUCACAGCAGAGAUGGUGCUGAAGCUCAUCGCCAUGGACCCCUAUGAGUACUUCCAGCAGGGCUGGAACAUCUUCGACAGUAUCAUCGUCACCCUUAGCCUGGUGGAACUGGGCCUGGCCAAUGUGCAAGGGCUGUCCGUGCUCCGCUCCUUCCGACUGCUGCGGGUCUUCAAGCUGGCCAAGUCGUGGCCGACGCUGAACAUGCUCAUCAAGAUCAUCGGCAACUCGGUGGGCGCGCUGGGCAACCUGACGCUGGUGCUGGCCAUCAUCGUGUUCAUCUUCGCCGUGGUGGGCAUGCAGCUGUUUGGCAAGAGCUACAAGGAGUGCGUGUGCAAGAUCGCCACCGACUGCAGCCUGCCCCGCUGGCACAUGCACGACUUCUUCCACUCCUUCCUCAUCGUCUUCCGCAUCCUGUGCGGGGAAUGGAUCGAGACCAUGUGGGACUGCAUGGAGGUGGCCGGCCAGGCCAUGUGCCUCACUGUCUUCCUCAUGGUCAUGGUCAUUGGCAACCUAGUGGUCCUGAACCUCUUCUUGGCCCUGCUGCUGAGCUCCUUCAGCGCUGACAGCCUGGCUGCCUCCGACGAAGAUGGCGAAAUGAACAACCUGCAGAUCGCCAUUGGGCGCAUCAAGUGGGGCAUCAGCUUUGCCAAAGUCUUUCUCCUGGGACUGCUGCAUGGCAAGGUCCUGCGCCCCAAGGACAUCAUGCUCAGCCUCGGGAAGCCUGGGGAUGCUGGGGAGGCCGGGGAGAGUGCCCCAGAGGACGAGAAGAAGGAGCCACCGCCCGACGAGGAUGACAAGGACCUGAAGGACAAUCACAUUUUGAACCACGUGGCCCUGGUUGACAGUUCUCCCCCCAGCAUCGAGCUGGACCACCUCAACUUCAUCAACAACCCCUACCUGACCAUUCAUGUGCCCAUCGCCUCCGAGGAGUCCGACCUGGAGAUGCCCACGGAGGAGGAGACUGACACGUUCUCAGAGCCUGAGGAUAGCAAGAAGCCAGUGCAGCCACUGGAUGGGAAUUCCUCCGUCUGCAGCACCGCCGACUAUAAGCCCCCUGAGGAGGACCCUGAGGAGCAGGCUGAAGAGAACCCCGAUGGGGAACAGCCCGAGGAGUGCUUCACGGAGGCCUGCGUGCAACGCUGCCCUGUCCUCUACGUGGACAUUUCCCAGGGCCGCGGGAAGAUGUGGUGGACGCUCCGCAGGGCCUGCUUCAAGAUUGUCGAGCACAACUGGUUUGAGACCUUCAUCGUCUUCAUGAUCCUGCUCAGCAGCGGAGCCUUGGCCUUUGAGGACAUCUACAUCGAGCAGCGGCGAGUCAUCCGCACCAUCCUGGAGUACGCGGACAAGGUGUUCACCUACAUCUUCAUCCUGGAGAUGCUGCUCAAGUGGGUGGCCUACGGCUUCAAGGUGUACUUCACCAAUGCCUGGUGCUGGCUGGACUUCCUCAUUGUGGAUGUCUCCAUCAUCAGUCUGGUGGCCAACUGGCUGGGCUACUCGGAGCUGGGACCCAUCAAAUCCCUGCGGACGCUGCGGGCCCUGCGUCCCCUGAGGGCACUGUCCCGAUUUGAGGGCAUGAGGGUGGUGGUGAACGCGCUCUUGGGAGCCAUCCCCUCCAUCAUGAACGUGCUGCUUGUCUGCCUCAUCUUCUGGCUCAUCUUCAGCAUCAUGGGCGUCAACCUGUUUGCCGGCAAGUUCUACUACUGCAUCAACACCACCACCUCUGAGAGGUUUGACAUCUCCGAGGUCAACAACAAAUCGGAUUGUGAGAGCCUUAUGCACACAGGCCAGGUCCGCUGGCUCAACGUCAAGGUCAACUAUGACAAUGUGGGUCUAGGCUACCUCUCCCUCUUGCAGGUGGCCACCUUCAAGGGCUGGAUGGACAUCAUGUAUGCGGCGGUGGACUCCCGGGAGAAGGAAGAACAGCCCCAGUACGAGGUGAACAUCUACAUGUACCUCUAUUUUGUCAUCUUCAUCAUCUUUGGGUCUUUCUUCACCCUCAACCUCUUCAUCGGUGUCAUCAUUGACAACUUCAACCAGCAGAAGAAGAAGUUUGGAGGGAAAGACAUCUUUAUGACAGAGGAACAGAAGAAAUACUACAAUGCCAUGAAGAAGCUUGGCUCCAAGAAGCCUCAGAAGCCAAUUCCCCGGCCCCAGAACAAGAUCCAGGGCAUGGUGUAUGACUGCGUGACCAAGCAGGUGUUCGACAUCACGAUCAUGAUCCUGAUCUGCCUCAACAUGGUCACCAUGAUGGUGGAGACGGACGACCAGAGCCAGCUCAAGGUGGACAUCCUGUACAACAUCAACAUGGUCUUCAUCAUCAUCUUCACCGGCGAGUGCGUGCUUAAGAUGCUCGCCCUGCGCCAGUACUACUUCACCGUGGGCUGGAACAUCUUCGACUUUGUGGUGGUCAUCCUGUCCAUCGUGGGCCUUGCGCUCUCCGAUCUGAUCCAGAAAUACUUCGUGUCACCCACACUGUUCCGAGUGAUCCGCCUGGCCCGGAUCGGGCGUGUCCUGCGGCUGAUCCGGGGGGCCAAGGGCAUCCGGACUCUGCUCUUUGCCCUCAUGAUGUCCUUGCCUGCCCUCUUCAACAUUGGCCUCCUCCUCUUUCUCGUAAUGUUUAUCUACUCCAUCUUCGGCAUGUCCAACUUUGCCUAUGUCAAGAAGGAGUCGGGCAUCGAUGACAUGUUCAACUUUGAGACCUUUGGCAACAGCAUCAUCUGUCUCUUUGAGAUCACCACAUCAGCCGGCUGGGAUGGGCUCCUGAACCCCAUACUCAACAGUGGGCCCCCCGACUGUGACCCAACACUCGAGAACCCGGGCACCAGCGUCAGGGGUGACUGUGGCAACCCUUCCAUUGGCAUCUGCUUCUUCUGCAGCUACAUCAUCAUCUCCUUCCUCAUCGUGGUCAACAUGUACAUCGCCAUCAUCCUGGAGAACUUCAACGUGGCCACCGAGGAGAGCAGCGAGCCCCUCAGCGAGGACGAUUUCGAGAUGUUCUAUGAGACGUGGGAGAAGUUCGACCCCGAUGCCACACAGUUCAUCGACUAUAGCCGCCUCUCGGACUUUGUAGACACCCUGCAGGAGCCACUGAGGAUCGCCAAGCCCAACAAGAUCAAGCUCAUCACGCUGGACCUACCCAUGGUGCCGGGGGACAAAAUCCACUGCCUGGACAUCCUCUUUGCCCUCACCAAGGAGGUCCUAGGCGACUCUGGGGAAAUGGACGCUCUCAAGGAGACCAUGGAGGAGAAGUUCAUGGCCGCCAACCCCUCCAAGGUCUCCUAUGAGCCCAUCACCACCACCCUCAAGAGGAAGCACGAGGAGGUGUGCGCCAUCAAGAUCCAGAGGGCCUACCGCCGGCACCUGCUCCAGCGCACGGUGAAGCAGGCAUCCUACAUGUACCGCCAUGGCCAGGAUGGUGGCGGGGAUGGUGGCCCCGAGAAGGAGGGCCUGAUUGCCACCACCAUGAGCAGGAUGUAUGGCCAAGAGAAUGGGAACAGCAGCGUGCCAGGCACGGGUGAGGACAGGGGCUCGACGGGGGACUCCGGAUCGGCCAUUGGGCUCACACCCAUCAGCCCCUCAGAUGCUGCCCUCCCUCCCUCCCCACCCCUGGGGCAGACAGUGCGCCCGGGGGUCAAAGAGUCUCUCGUCUAA